UCUCCUGAAGCAAACAUGUCUGCCGUCUUCCUCGCCCUGCUGCUCCCUCUGAUCUCAGCUCAGACUUUUCACUGGGGCCCCUGUCCAACUCCACAGGUGCAGCCCAACUUCAACAUUCACCAGUACCUGGGCAGGUGGUACGAGAUCCAGAAGCUGCCUGCCUCCUUCCAACGAGGGAAGUGCAUUGAAGUAAACUACGCCUUAAGGAGGGAUGGAACCGUCCGGGUGCUGUACUCCAGACUCCAUAAAGACAAAGUGAGGGUGGCAGAAGGGACCGCUGUGACUCCUGACUCGAGAGAACCGGCCAAACUUGGAGUCAGCUUCUCAUAUUUUACUCCCUACAGCUCAUACUGGGUUCUGACCACAGACUACACCAGCCUGGCCGUUGUGUACUCCUGCACAGAUAUCCUCCACCUGUUUCACGUCGAAUACGCCUGGAUUCUUUCACGGUCGCGCUUCCUGCCUCCGGAUGCGCUUCGUUACGCCCAAGAGCUGCUGGUCAGAGAAGGAAUCGACAUCUUCAAGAUGAAGGCGACUGAUCAGAAUUGCAAGGAUGUCUAAUAAUAAUAA